CGCCUGGUAAAUUUUGAUAUUUUCACUCCUUUUACUCAGCACGCUUUGAUUUUGAUCCACGAGUUGCUCAUUUAAAAAGUAUUCAUGGAGUCAACAAACUGGCAAACCACUCUUUCAACUCCCAAGGAACGGUUUGAGUAUGUUUUCAAGAAUUCUUUAUUUUGCGAUGUUGAGUUUUCUGUCGUAGAUGAAUCUGGCAUCAAGGUCACCAUUCCCGCCAAUAAAUUCAUGCUUGCCACAGCGAGUCCUGUGUUUGCUGCUAUGUUUUAUGGUCAUUUGGCAGAGAAAACAUCAACUAUUGACUUGCCAGACUGUAGCAAACAAAGCAUUUACGAAAUGCUUCGCUACGUGCACUGUGAAGAAGUUAGACUUACUGAAAAUAACAUUAUUGAAGUUCUGUACGUUGCUGAAAAAUACAUGAUGCCGUAUCUGGUUGAGAAAUGUAAAGAAUACAUAGAUAAAUACCUUAAACCGGAACAUGUUUUCACUGUUCUUCCACUAAUCAAAGAAAUGCGUGAUGACGAGACUGAAAAACGCUGCUGGGAAAUCAUAGAUUGUGAAACCUUGGCAGCAGUUAACUCGAAAUCAUUUUUGCAAUUGUCCAGUGAUACCCUUUGUGAAAUUCUAUCAAGAGAUCAGCUUACAAUAAAGGAAGUUGAUUUGUUUCUUGCUGUAGACAGAUGGGUAAGCAGGAGAAUUGCAGAAAAGGAGCUUGAGGGAUGUGGAAAAACAAAGAGAGAUGUUCUUGGAGAAGAUGCCAUUAGAUUGAUUAGAUUCCCAUUGAUGUCUCAUAAGGAGUUUGCUCAGUUUGUGCUGCCAACUGAAGUCCUAACAAUGAAAGAAGUCAUUGAAAUUGCUCAGGUUAUGAGUUCUGUUGAAACAGCUACAUGUAUGUUUUCUUCUAAGGGAAGAGCCACCAGAAAACAGAAAACUGAUAUCCGGUUUUCAUCUAUUAAUGCUCCUGGUAAUGGAUCAUGGUGGUAUGAUGGAAAUCGAGUAGAUGUACUUGACUUUGUUGUGAGUCAAAGUGUUUGUCUGGCUGGUGUUGAGCUGUUUGGAAGUAAGGGUUCUAGUUAUGCUAUUCGGCUAGAUCUCUACGAUGGUUCUGAAUUGAUCUCAAGUGUACAAUCAACUUCUGAAACGCAAAAGGAAAAUUUGAAUGUGCAAGGAAUUGAAUAUUAUGGAUUUGAUGUCUAUUUUGACAGACCAGUAAGGCUAUCUCAAGAAUGCCGCUAUACUGCCAAGGCUACAGUGAAAGGCCCGCUUUCCUAUUUUGGUUCUAGUGGCAAAAGCCAGAUUCAUCAUGACGAUGGCCUUUUUAUUAAAUUUAUUGACAACACCAUGAAUGGUCAUACCUCUAUGAACCGAGGUCAGUUUGGAAGAUUUAUUAUUUUAAAGAGGUUUUGAAAGUAGACAUUUUUGAGUAACAAGCCUUGCCGCCAUGGAUAGCCAAGCAAAACUUUGUCUCAUUUAACCAAACAGAAACUACCUAAAUUCUGCUAAAACUAUCAGUUUAUUACAGUGUGUUGUCACUUUCAAAGACUUUUUUUGUUGUUGUUGUUUUAUUGUUGUGGCCCUCAAUUGCCACCUACUAUUAUCGCUAACAUUAUUAUCUUUGAGUUUGGACAAUCAUUUUACAAUUUUUGGCUUUUUUCACUAGCAUUUCAGAACAUUAAGGUUUUUAUUACAAUAUUUAUUAUUUAUACAUUUUAAAAUAUUAUGUAUUUUAUCUAGAUAAUAUUUUAUAUUUGACUUUGCUAUCAGUAAUGAUUUUUACUUAAG